CCUUAAAAUAUCCUAAAUAGGGUUUCAGUUUUGUUUUCUCUUUACCAACAACACAAUCCAUUGAUUAGUUGGGUUAAGAACCACCUCUUCUUGGAUUGUUUGUUUGUCCCUUCAAUUUCAAUUUCUUCUAUUUUUACCUACAUAUACAUACGCGUGGGCAGACAAUAAAUCUUUUCCUAUUAUUAUUUUUAUUGUCACAAGAUCAUGCCAUGUCCGUAUAAUCAUAACCGCAGCCUCUUCAUCAUCCCUUUGUAAUUUUCCUCAGUUUUUUUUCUUCAAGAUUUCCCUUUUUCUGGGUCGGUGUAUAUGUAUGGAAAUUGCAUCUCCACCUGUUAUGCUUUGAAUUUGAUUCAAAGUCUUGAGAUUUAACAAAAACCCAAAUUCAAUUUUCUUUGAAUUUUGAUUGAAGAAAAGAGUGGAUUGAAGAAUGCCUUUAUUUCCAUGGAAGAAGGUGAAGAAGGGGGCAAGCAUAUCACAAAUGGUGAAGGAGCAUGUAAUGAAUUCUCAAAGAGGUGCUGGAUCAUCUCCCCUUAUGGUUGAAACCGGUUUCCCUACUUCCCUUGUUGAUCUUGUCGUCAAGAACCGGUCUAGAUUCAAGAAGAAAACCAAGAAACCUCUUUCUUUGUCCUCUCCAAUUCCCUCUCCUUCACCACCACCACCCCCUUCUCCUAUCACUAUUACUUCCUCUGUUGAGGCGUUGAUUGAUGAUACGGUUUCCCCUUUGAUCCCUGAAGUUGAAGUUGAAAAAAAAUCUGAUCUUUUAAGUAUGAAUCAGGGGUUGGUAGUGGGGGUUUUGAAGAUGUUUAUGGUGGUGGUUUUGGUUCUAGGGAUGAAUAAUCUUGUGCUGGGGAUUACUGUGUCGGCCUUCUUGUUGCUUUUCUUGGAAUAUUUAGGGCAAAGUUUGUAUGGAUUCUUUUCUCCAGUACAAAGGAGAGUUGGAUUGGUGAUACAGGGGAUCUUUAGGGCCAAAGUGGUUGAACUAGAGGAAGAUGAAGAUUGUGUUUUUAAGGCGCCAUCGCGGGACCAUGAGUUGUCCUCUGAUUUUGGAUGCCAAGUUCAAGAAAUUGAAGUUGUACAAGAACCUUAUGAAGAGGAAAGUCAAUGUAUUUGUGAUGGCAAAUUGACAUGUGAAGGAGUGGAUGUAGAGGGGGUUGUAAUGGAGAAAGGAGAGGAAUUUAGAUGUGAUUUAUCUCAAUCCAAGGAAAAGAAAUCUCAUAGGGCGAAGAUGAAAUCGAAAAUGAAGAAACUUGUUCCGAAGAAGUUUAGAAAGAAGAAAGGUUCAGCACUGGAGAGUCAUCAUAUGAUCCUGAAUGAAGGAAGGAAUGAAAUUGUAGGUUCUAAUUGUGAACGGGAAAUGAAAUCCGAUGUAUCAUCGGUGGCAAGUAGAAUAGAUCAUAAGACAGAUGUUGUUGAGGUUGUUGGUAGUACUGGAGAAUCAUCUAAUGGACUUAGUGAUGCUAGCGUUGAAGGAUCAUUUAGAGGUAUUGAUAAGGCAACCAUAGUCGGGGAAGAUGGUUUAACUGAAAUAGAGCAUAAUUCUAUGUAUAUUGUUCUCCUUUUGGUUGUUCUAGUUGGCCUUAUUGGAGGUCGGGUUCUUGCACUCGUCGUUACUUUAACAUGUUGCCUGAUGUCGAGGCAAGGUGAAGGAAUCAGAAGAUACGCAAAACUGCCCGUGAUCAUCAGGUCUAUUCCCAAAAUGUUCAGUUAGAAUCUCUUUUAACUCAUUCAUAGAAAGCCCUUGUGAAGGCUUAUUGAUAGUGUUUUGUGAAGUGCUGUUUAAGCCUUCCUUUGAUCUUUAGAGCUUUACUUUGAUGGAGAGUUCAACCUUUGGUUGAUCACUUAGCCAGAGAUCUUGUAUUAUGUCUUGUAAAGUUACUGAAACGUGAUUAACUUUGUUAUACUGAUGUGUCUGGAAUCUGAAUCAAUGCUGCAUAAUAGUUGACCCCA